GCAAUCGCGCCCAGAGCAGCCAAUUCGACUGGAUCUUACGAACUCGUCGCCGAUUACUGCGGGGAUACCUUCUUUGACCAAUUCACAGCCUAUACAGGCCCUGACCCCACCAACGGCCAUGUCGUAUACCAGUCACUCGCAGAUGCUGCAGAUCAGAAAUUGGUCGGCUUCAUCUACAACGCCACUUCUGGCAACUCGACUGCGUACAUCGGACCUGACUCUACCAAUCCUGCUCCCAAUGGCCGAAACUCCGUCCGCUUGACGAGCAAGCAGACCUUCGAGGCUGGUAGCAUGGCUGUCAUCGACGUUCGUCACGCACCCAGCCAAUACGGCGUCUGGCCCGCGAUUUGGCUGCUCGGUAGCGAAGGCACUUGGCCAGCCAGCGGCGAAUCUGACAUCCUCGAGUAUGUGCACGAGGACUCCCACAACGGCAUGACUUUGCACACAGCUCCCGGCUGCAAUGUCAACAAUGCUUCUCUCGCCCAGCAGCAGGGCCGCCUUCUCCAUACCAACUGCAAUACCGGAAACGCCGCUACCGGCUGCUCCGUAGCUGCAUACAACCAAACCCAUCUCCCCGGCCCCUCAACCAAAGUCUUCUCCACCGCAGGCCGCAAAUUCAACCUCCAAAGCGGCGGCGUCUACGUCCACGACUGGCAGCCCGACGGCAUCACCGUCUGGAUGUUCCCCCAAAACCAUCUCCCCUCCGACCUCAUCGCCGGCCACCCCAACCCAUCCACCUGGAAACAAAAACCUCUCGCCAAAUUCUCCGGCGACUGCGAUUUCUCUACCGCUUUCAAGUCCAUGCAACUGAUCCUGAACAUCGAUUUCUGCGGCGAUUGGGCUGGGAAAGUUUGGGAAUCUUCGGGUGCUGCGAACGCCACGGGGGUUGCGACUUGUAAUGAUUAUGUUGCUAAUCACCCGGAGGUUUUCGAGGAGGCUUAUUUCGAGAUCGCGAGUGUGAGGUUUUAUACCAAUAAU